CAGAAGAUAGAAUCAAUGGUUUAUGAGAAUUAAAGAUAAUAGAUAGAUGAUAGUACCAGUAAUCAUUAUUAUAUUGGUUCCUAUUUUUGUUGCAGUUAUUGUUCUUGUUUUUAUUCAUCAAUUGCGCACAAGAAAGAUUCUUGAAGAAGAUCAUGGUAUAGAGAAGCCAAGAUCGUCAGUAGUUCAAUUGUACAGAUCAAUAUUCUUUUGUUUUGGUAAGAAGAGGGCAAAACGAGGUAUAGAUAGACAGGAAUUUGAAGAAAGUUCUUUAAAUGAUGUUGUUAUACCGGAUAUUUAUAUACCUCCAAUUAUUUUUCCAUCACAGGACCUGGAUUUGUUUGCACGCACUUUUCAUUCAGAAACGAAUGAUACUAGGUAUCAUACAAAGGUUUCUGUUUAAUUUAGGGUGUGAUUUCUGGUGUUACAAAGUUAAUGGAUGAGAUGA